AUGAAAAGAAAAUCAAGAAAAAGGAAGCAAAAUACCCUCAAGAAGGCGAAGCGGAAAAAGAAGAGGUACGUGGCCAGAACAAUUGACAUCCCCAAGAAUGUUGCGCCAGAUUUGCCGGAGGGAAAGACUUGUGACAAGGGGGAUUUAUCUAGAGACAUGGUCAAGAAACUUGGAAAAAGAGAACAGAAAUGGGCGGUAGCUUUGACAUAUGAACAGUGUAAACUUUCAAAUGACAGCGCGAAAUCAAUGUUGGGUUCUUCUGGAAAUGAAAGCAGCAGUGAUAUAAGUGAUGAUGAUGAAAGUAGUGACGAAGACGACAGAAGUAGCACCAAUGACAACAAAGACAGCGACGCUGUGUUCAUUUAGGCAAUACCUGUUCAAUCUUAAUACUGUUUAACUUUUUUUUUGUAUUCAUUGUUGUAAUUUUUAUUAUAGAGCAGUCUCCAAUACUCUGUUAAGAAUGAAGACUUAAUUGGUAAAUAAAUAGUUAUGGCGGAGCCGAUGAUGAUGAUGUCACUGAACAAUGUCAGGAGGAGGAAUCAGGCAGUGCCUUUGAUAUUCACUCGGGCACUGCUGCAAUGGAAGCAUACGACAGUGGCAGUUCAGAUGGCUCUGGCCCCUACUACAAAUGCGCUCCUUACUAUCAGCCUAUUGACUGA